ACCGACAGCCUCUUCCUUUGAAAACCGGUAAAGAGGCUUGAAAUUCCUCUUCCUUUCUUGUUAAAUCACAAGAUUUGGGGGCUUAGAAUCUUCCCUCUCAACCCAGAAAAUCCCGGUUCUGCUCUGCUCUUCCCCCUUGUCCGUCGGCUGCUAUGUGGGUGUGAGAGUUUGGGCCUUUUUCUGUUCCGUGAGGUUCCCCUGCAGAUCCCGCCGGCCUUCCCCAAUCUGCUAGCUCCGGUUCCUUGCUUGUAAAUUCUGGUAUGUGGCAGCCUUAAACCAUUGUUUUUAAGCUUGAUUAAGGUAGAAUUAGCUUGAUUAAUCGGCUGCCCCUGUGAUGUCCGAAUUUGGCUGAAAUUGGGGAGGAAUUUCGGUAGCUUUAGGAUGAAAUUAAGUAUUGAUUUAAGUGGAAUUUAGGUAAUUGAGUGUUAAUUGACUGUUGUGUGAUUUUUGGAAAGGAAACCCCGUGAUUAGCUAGUGUUUUGGCUAAUGUUUGGAAGUGGUAGUACCGUUCAUGUCGUGGUACUGUUCACGGCACUGUUCACCGAACACUGUUCACGACACUGUUCACAGAACACUGUUCACACACCGAGGGUCAACGAUUAAUGGGGAUUUAAAUGAUUAGUUUGUGAUAUAAGAAUGAAUGUGGAGAUUGAUAGGAAUAGCAUCGGGAUUAGGAGUGAUUUUAAUGAUGAUUUCAGUUUGAAUUUGUGAUAGUCCGGUAUUAAUUCUGAGUGGAUUUGUAUAAAAGUGUCAGUGAUGCUCUAAAUCGAGGGGAGAAAGAAGCAUCUGCUACUGGCAAACGAAUUAUUCUUCCGUCAUCUUUUACUGGAGGGCCUAGAUAUAUGUCAGAGAAUUGCAAAGACGCAUUUGCUAUCUGUCGUUGGGCAGGUUAUCCAAGUCUUUUUAUAACCAUAACAUGCAAUCCGAAAUGGCCAGAGAUCACUAGAUUUGCCAACAAAAGAGGUGUUCGACCUGAGGAUCGUCCAGACAUUCUUUGCAGAGUUUUUAAGAUUAAAUUGGAUCAAUUGCUAAAGGACUUGAAGAAAGGGCACAUUUUUGGAAGAGUUAUUGGAUAUGUUUGCACGGUUGAGUUUCAAAAACGGGGGCUUCCUCAUGCUCACAUUUUGCUUUUCAUACAUCCAGACGAUAAGCCAAAAACUGCUGAUGACAUUGAUAAAAUCAUUUCAGCUAAAAUUCCUGAUGAAAAGCUAGAUCCUAAAUUAUUUGCAGCUGUUAAAACUUAUAUGAUGCAUGGACCAUGUGGAAAAGCAAAUCUCAAAUCUCCUUGCAUGAAGGAUGGGAAGAAUUGUUCAAAACAUUUUCCUAAAAAUUUUGGCUCAAGCACCAAAAUAGAUGAAGAAGGCUUCCCUCAUUAUAGAAGGAGAGAUGGUGGAAGAAUAGUCAAGAAAAAAGGGCAUUGAAUUGGACAAUCGAUAUGUUGUUCCUUAUAAUAGAAAGCUUCUCUUGAAGUACCAAGCACACAUAAAUGUUGAGUACACUUGCCAGAGCAAUGCUAUUAAGUAUCUUUUUAAAUACAUUCACAAAGGAAAUGAUCGAGUUACUGCAAUUUUUUCUCAUUCUAAUGGGGACAAGUCAAACUCUUUAGAUGAAAUUCAAAAGUAUUAUGAUUGCAGGUAUGUAUCAGCUUGUGAGGCGGCUUGGAGGAUUUUUGGUUUUGAAAUUCAUUAUAGAUACCCCCCUGUACAAAGGUUGUCAUUCCAUCUUCCAGAAAAAAAAGCAGUCAUUUUUAAGGAUGAUGAUUCAAUUGAAGAGGUUCUGAACAAAGCUAAUUCUAAGAAGUCAAUGUUUGAGGCUUGGAUGGAAGCAAAUAGGAAAUAUGAUGAUGGAAGGAACUUGACUUAUUCUGAAUUUCCGACAAAGUUUGUUUAUAAUGAAGGCACACAUGAGUGGACUAAGAGAAAAAAGGGCUUUGCUGUUGGAAGAAUAAAUCAUGUACCCCCAGGAGCUGGCGAUGAUUUUUAUUUGAGAAUUUUAUUGAACUUCCAAAAGGGCUGCAAAUGUUAUGAAGAUAUUAGAACAAUUAAUGGGGUAAAGUAUCCUAACUUUAAAGAUGCAUGUUAUUCUUUGGGGUUGUUGGAUGAUGACAAAGAGUAUAUUGAUGCUAUAAAAGAAGCAAAUUUAUGGGGGGGAUCUACUUAUUACCUUAGGCAACUUUUUGCAUCUCUAUUGUUUUCCAAUAGUAUGAGUAGACCUGAAUUCGUUUGGGAGAGCUGUUGGAAAUUAUUAUCUGAUGACAUUCUUCAUCAUCAAAAAAAAGUCAUUGGCAGACAAGAUUUGAUUAUGAGUGACGAGGAGAUAAAAAAUAAUGCUCUUGCUGAAGUUGAAAGAAUCCUUCAAAGCAAUGGAAGAAGUCUUAAAGAUUAUCCUACCAUGCCGGUUCCGACUGGAGUUUUAUUGUCUAAUGUGCAUAACAAGUUGGUUUUGGAUGAAUUGUCUUAUGAUAGAGCUUCAUUAAUAAAGCAGCAUGAAGAAUAUUUGUCUUGCCUUACUGCUGAGCAACGAAAUGUUUAUGAUAGGAUAAUGACUGCAGCUUCUGAUAAUAAAGGAGGCCUAUUUUUUUUAUAUGGAUUUGGGGGAACGGGUAAGACUUUUAUUUGGAAAACAUUGUCAGCAGCUUUUCGAUCAAAAGGAGAAAUUGUGCUUAAUGUUGCUUCAAGUGGUAUUGCAGCCCUUUUGCUUCCUGGGGGAAGAACAGCUCAUUCUAGAUUUGCAAUCCCAAUUGAAAUAAAUGAAAAGUCUACUUGCAACAUCAAAAUGGACUCUCCUCAAGCUGAAUUGUUGUCAAAGACAAGAUUGAUUAUAUGGGAUGAAGCUCCAAUGACACAUAGAUUCUGUUUUGAAGCAUUGGACAGAACCAUAUCAGAUAUUUUGAAGUUCUCCAAUAGUAAUUGUUCUAAAGUACCAUUUGGAGGGAUAAUUGUUGUUCUUGGAGGUGAUUUUAGACAAAUAUUGCCAGUUGUUCCUUAUGGUGGAAGACAAGAGAUAGUGAAAGCGACAAUAAAUUCUUCAGAUUUGUGGGAUUCUUAUGAAGUUUUGACUUUAACAAGAAAUAUGAGGCUGCAGCCAAGUUCUUUAAACCAAGAUCUAACUGACUUGAGAGAAUUUUCUGAUUGGUUAUUGAAGAUUGGUAAUGGAGAAGUUGGAGAGGAUGUAGAUGGUGAAGCGAUCAUUGAAAUUCCAAAUGAAAUGUUGAUUAAAGAUUCAGAAAAUGGGCUUGCUGAUUUGGUAGACUUUGCAUAUCCAAAUUUCUUGGAAAAAAUUAAAACAAAUGAUCUUGCAUUUUUCCAAGAACGUGCUAUUUUGUCCCCAACUCUUAAUGAUGUUGCAAUGUUGAAUGAUCACUUAAUGUCUUUCAUUCUUGGUGAAGAGAGAAGUUACUUGAGUUCAGACUCUAUCUGCAAGGACGAUAUUAGCUUUCAAAAUGAUGAAGAGACCUACUCUCCUGAAGUAUUAAAUACAUUCACAGGUUCUGGACUUCCAAAUCAUAAGCUGAAUUUUAAAGUUGGGGUGCCAGUUAUGCUGUUAAGGAAUAUUGAUCAGUCAAAUGGCUUAUGCAAUGGAACGAGAUUGCUUAUUACAAAAAUGGGGAACCAUGUUAUUGAGGCUAAGAUUCUUUCAGGCAACAACAUAGGCCAAAUUGUUCUAAUCCCCCGAAUGAUCAUGACGCCUUCCAAUCACUCAUUGCCAAUUAAAUUUCAACGAAGGCAAUUUCCUCUGGUUAGGUGUUUUGCUAUGACUAUAAAUAAAAGUCAAGGGCAAACUCUCUCUCAUGUUGGAAUAUAUCUUCCAAGGCCUAUCUUUAGUCAUGGACAAUUGUAUGUGGCUCUAUCAAGAGUUAGGAGUAAACAAGGGUUGAAAAUUUUGAGUUUAGAUAAUGAAGGUCAGAUUUCAAACAAGACAACUAACAUAGUAUUUAAAGAAGUUUUCCAUAGAUUGGCAUAGGUCCUAAGGAAUUCUUGCUAUAGAUUUCAUAUUCUAGAAGAGUUUUCACUUGAUAGUGAAGUCCAGUUAAGAAGAGUGAUAAACUUGAAAAAGCAACAGAAACCAAGCUCAUGGAUGCAACCACAAAUGAUGCAGAAUCUUUAGAUGCUAUUAUUGGAAUUUUGACAUGAUCUUUUUUAACAGAAGCAAUAGUAGGCACAUUAUUUAUCUGUUGUUUUAUCAUUAUAUUUAAUUAACAUGCAUCAUUUCU